GUCUUAGAUUGUAGUCGAUAAGCUGCGAAACUCCCUAAUAUUUCAUAGUCGUAGCUUAGAAACACAACUUAAAAUUACGAAAUCCUUUUCAACGAAGUACAAGAUCAUCAUAAGCUCUGUCCAUGGCAGCAAAUUUCACAUCAAAAUCCAAUUCAAAAGCAUCUGGAUCACACAUGGAAGCAAUGUUUGCCCAAGCUCAGAAAACCCAGGCGGCUCUUCAAGAAGACUACAAGAAUGCCCCUAUGACCACACCUAGGAAAGCUGGCUCAAAAGUUCCACAAGCAAGACAUGGGAAGGCAUCAGGCUUGAAACCAUCUUAUGGGUCUGCUGCUCCCAAACCAAAACCAAGAUCAAAUGCAAUAUCAAGUGAGUUUGAGAAGAAGGAGUAUUUUGAUGAAGAGGAUGUGCUGUCAGAAAAGAUUCAGGUUCUGGCACAAUGGAUUCGUGAGAGUCGAUACUGUAUUGUCUUCACAGGUGCUGGUAUCAGCACAAGCACUGGUAUUCCUGAUUUUAGGAGUGGUGUGAACACAGUUCUAACCACUGGCCCUGGGGUGUGGGAGCGCAAGGCUCAUGGCAUCAAGUUACCCUCCCAGCAAAAAAAAGUGCAAAAUGUGUUAAAAGCUGUGCCAUCACCAUCACAUAUGGCAAUAGUUAAGCUUGUGAGGGAAGGCCUAGUAAAGUUUGUGGUCAGCCAAAAUACUGAUGGCCUGCACAGACGGUCAGGCCUUGAUCCCAAGUGCCUUGCUGAGUUGCAUGGUAAUACAAACAUGGAACAUUGUUUAAAGUGUGGGUCAAAGUUUAUGCGUGACUAUAGAACCCGCACAGCCAAAGCUGUACAUGACCAUUUGACAGGCCGUACCUGUGAUGACCCCAAAUGCCGUGGCCCCCUUGUGGACUCCAUAAUAAACUUUAAUGAAGAUCUGCCAGAGGAUGAACUAGACAGUGCAUUUGAAAAUGCAAAGCUUGCAGAUCUAUGCAUAGUUCUGGGUUCAAGCCUUAGGGUUUACCCGGCUGCGGACAUACCAGGGGACAUGAUCAAAAGAGGAGCUAAAGUGGUGACUGUGAACCUCCAGAAAACACCUUUCAACAAAAGAUGUGCUUUGGAAGUUCACGCUACCAUUGACAUUGUUUUACUCAAACUUGUGAAAGAAUUUGGCCUUGAAGUGCCACAGUUUCAGCUCAAACGAUGCUUCCAAGUUGAUGUCAGGAAUGACUCACUGUUGAUUCAGGGACUGGAUCCGGCCUCAAAAACACCCUACUCAUUUUUAAAACAAGUGAAAGUAGAGAUUCCUCCUCUCAAAAAAGAUAUAGAGUUGAUGAAGGAGCCCUUUGAGGUCAAGUUCCCAAGGCAAGUAGUCCUGUCAAAGGAGAAUCCAAUGCCCGUAAGCCUUACACUUAGCUUUCAGGGCCAUUAUGGGGAACCUGAAUUAAGAAUUGAAAAGGAUAUUGAAGAAGUUGGACCAACUAUGUUCUUGCUUACUUUUGAUGUCACAACAGUUGAGUGGGAAACGGAGGUCUUGGAGGAAUAAUGAGAAAUGACUAUACAAGGUGGAACAUUGUUCAUUUAUGGCAAUGGAAGGCUGAACAUGAACAUAUUAAUAUGUAGAGUUUUGAGGAAGCCAUGAAUUGUCUCUUUUCGUCAAUUUACAUUACAUUUAAAAGUAUUUUAGAAAUCAUUUUAAAUAAUUGAAAUGCCAAAAACAUGUUUUAAAUUUUUUAUUUUCCACAAUGGGAACUUGUAAGCCUGCAUGCUCUCAUUGGUUCUAGUACCAUGAGAAGUGAAGCUGCUAAAGUUGUUAGUUGUGCCACAGGGCUUAUGAGAACCUGCUUGUAUGCCUACUUAAGAGACAGGGGGUAACAAGUUAACAUUUGGUCAGUUUUGAAGCUGCUACACUGCAUUUUUCUUUUUCAAGAAAAUCAUUCAAAUUCUCCAAAGAGUCUCCAGGAAAUUAAAAUUUAAAGCACCAUAAAACAUUAUUGAAUAGAAAUUGAUUAUAUACCUUUCUUCUGGCCAUAGGGUAUAAUUAAAUGUAAGUAAAAAUUGAUUUUGUUUUUUUCAAAAAAAUGUUCCCUUUAAUGAUGAAAAGAAUGUUGUGCAACACUUCAGAAUUCCCUUAGCUUCUGAUGGCUGCAGUCAAUGGAACUGCUAUGGAGAUAUCAGUAACAGCUAUGGGCUUGAUCUGUACAUCAGACAAAGCUACACUUCACACACCUUUUAUGGAGCUAGUACAAAGCCCUGAUGGAGGUUCCUUAUUUAUGUUCCUCAGGAUACUGGGACCAGGUUCUACUUAAGUUGGUUUCGUAUUUCUGUUGAAAUAUUUCCCCAAAGAGGUAACUUAUAAAACUCUUACAGCUCUUGA